AUGGCCAUUUCCAAAACCCUAAUUUUCCUCUUCUUCUUCCACCGUUCCACCGAAAAUGAAUUUUCCGAUCCCAAUCCGCCAUGUCCGAUCGACUUCGCCUACGUCUCCUCCUUCGCAUGGCCCACCGCCCUCUGCCUCGCGCCGCCGCAGCGCAGCUGCUGCCAGACUCUCCGCAGCCUCUUCGGCAUGGGCCUCGCCGACCGCCUCCGCCGGACCUCCCAAUUCUACCUCCCCGACGCCGCCACUUCCUCCUCCUGCCUCGCCGGAUUCUGCCACAAGCUCGCCGCGAUUUCCACCCCCGCCGCCGCCGUCUUCCCCACUUGCUUCAACGACACCGCCGAAUUCGCCGGAAUCCUCUCCCACACCGAUUGUCACCGCCGCGUCCCCAAAUCAAUCCCAAUUAAAUCCUCCUGCAAUGGCGACCUCUCCGGCCAGGCAUCCUACGCCGCCGCCAUUGCCGACGAUUUCGGCCCACAAGACGUCCGAUCCGCCGCCUGCAUAUUAGGCCUGCCGGUGGUCAACAAACCCUCCGGCGGCACCACCACCUACAAACGCCGCCUCAUUUUCUCCCUCACUUUCAGCUCAUUAGCUUCAAUUCAAACAAUCCUAAUCCUCCUGUUAAUUUACAGACAUUGUAAGGAGAAGAGAAACGCCGUCACCGGAGAUCAUCUCCAAAACGAACGGCUCUGA